CUCAGUACUCUCUAGUCUUUCACUUAUCUGAUUCAUUCAAUUAGGAAUUAGCCGAUUAGGGAAUUAGAAUUUAGAAAGGGAGAAAGACAGAAAGUCAGAAACGACGAUAGUUUCUUUCGCCAGAAGACUUUUGAUGUGAGAAUACUAACUACUAAGAGAUCGGCUGCUGUGACUUUAAAGAAUCAAAGGUCCUCUUGAAUCUAAUGAUUGGGUGAAUGUGAGGAAUGUGAUAGAGUUUCUUGAAAGAUUUCAUGAGCUCACCAAAAAAGUUUCAGGUUCACGUUAUGUCACUUGUAAUUCUUAUUUUGAUGAUGUAUCUGAACUUUAUUGUCAUUUGAAAAUGUGUUUAAUUAGUGAGGAUGAGCAUUUGAGAAAAAUAGCUGAGCGGAUGCAAGAAAAGUUCAAGAAGUAUCGGGGUGAGCUUGAAAAGAUGAAUAAAAUAAUUUUUAUUGCUUCCGUCUUGGAUCCACGUAACAAAUUUGAAUAUGUUAGCCUUGCACUUGAAAAGCUUUUUGGGGAGAAAAAAGGGAAGAAAAUAAAUGCUGAGGUGUAUGCUUAUAUGAAUUCUUUGUUUGAAGAGUAUUCAACUGGAUCUUGUCCUCAAUCUCCAUCUAGUUCUACUUCAUCUAAUAACACAUCUAAUACAUCUAGUGGGAGUGUUAUAACUGUAUCAUUAAUAAGGACGAAGCUUCACUUGAAGAAACAAAAGGAAGACAAUGGAAGUGGGGGUGCUAAAUCGGAGUUGGAUAAAUACAUUAGUGAAGAACAAGAGCCUUUUAGUGAAGAAUUUGAUAUCUUAAGUUGGUGGGAAAUACAUGCUCUUAGAUUUCCUAUUCUUUCGGAGUUGGCUCGUGAUGUGUUGGCCAUUAAAAUUUCUAGUGUGGCGUCGGAAUGUGCGUUUAGCACCGGUGGCCGUAUUCUUGAUUCAUUUAGGAGUUCAUUGACUCCUAAAUGUGUGCAAGUUCUUGUUUGUGUUCAAGAUUGGCUUAGAGAAGAGAAGAAUCCUAUUAGUGUUGAAGAAGACUUAGAGUAUCUUGAGGAACUCAAACUUGAUAUGGAAAAUAAUGGAAGCACUACUAGCUUUGUUUAAUGUAUAGUUGCAACUUGCAACUUGAGUGGUUCAAGUGAAAUCAUGCCCCGUGCUCCUAAAGUACGCUUUCAUAUUUGGGAACACUUUGAGGUGAAAGAAGAUAACGGAGAAGUUCGCAAAGUAAAGUGCAAGCAAUGUGGUCCAGUCUAUAAUUUCAUCCAAAGAGGGAUGGCACAUAUUGUUUAAGGAAGCAUAUUAGGUGUUGUCUUGAGCGUCUUCCUGAUAUCCGUAUUUAAGAAUUAAGACUAAAUUGAUUCGAGACUAUUAGUGUAAACUUGAAUUGAGGGAUGCCCUCUCUAUUUUUAUUGCACUGUGUUUAAUUCUGCUGCUACUGUUGCACUGUUAAGACUAAUUUAAUUCUGCUGCUAUUGUUGCACUGUUAGAAUCUCUAUUUUUUGUUUAAUUCUGCUGCACUGUGUGAGUUAGGUAGAAUUUUGAAUUGUGCAAUGUGCACUAUGAAGAAUGAAGACAGUUUCUGUUUA